UACAGCCUUGUCAUGUCAUUUUUCCUCCAUCCUCCAUCCAUCUCCCACUCUCUCGAACUCCGUCAUCUGUACUAGGCUCUGCUUCUGUCGCUGAUCCAAAGUCUUCAUAUAUUUAUAUUCUUAGUGACUUAAAUAUGUUAAUUGCAUUAUUUUUACUGUGUACUGCAUAUAUAGCCCAAUGUUUUUGGUGACAGUACACACCCUAAUCUUAUUAUCUUUAUACCAGUCAUCUUCAUUUGUCUCGCGAUCUCUCUUUUAAUACAUCUGUAAUUGUAGGCUAUACCAGAAGUCACCUGAAAAGUAAAAAAUAAAUAAAAAUGUAUGCGGCUUGGUUGUAGUUUGAGGUUAUUACGUUUGGGUGUAAAAGAAAACUAAGAUCCACUUGUAUUUCUGUCGUUACUCAUCUCGGCGAAGUCAGGACCGACGUGGUCCUGCAUGCAAUGUUGCCAAAUCUCAUUGACAGUACGGCUAUUUUCCCGAGAAGAAUCAUGUUUUACCAUGCCAACACCCAGAGGCGAAUUCCACCUGUAUUUGGCGGAUGGGCGGGUGCCAAUGUCAAGCCCUACUUACUACAAUCUAUUGACAUUCACUCUGAAAGCACCGAGUACGUUAUUUAGUGUAGGUCUCUUGGAAGUAAUAAGCAUAUGAUACUGACACAAGACCGAACACACUAAAGUGCUAAAUUGUAAUUCUGUCAUUCAUGCAGGUGGCGCCAGAACGUCCUGGUCUCCGUUUUUUUAGCCAAUACAUGGGCGCAUUUAUUUACAGUUGAUUACCGGCAAGACUUAGUUUUAUUAAGAUGAACAUGUACCAGGUCCCGAACCCUGGCCUCCCCGGAUGUCCUCCGGGACUGGAAUACUUGACGCAGGUUGAUCAGCUACUCAUCAAACAGAAAGUUGAGUUUAUUGAAGCUCUCGCCGGCUUUGAGAGCAACAACAAGUACGAGGUGCUUAACGCAGUGGGCCAGAACGUCUUCUACGCUGUCGAGGAGAACGACUGUCUCAGCAGACAAUGCUGUGGCCCGGUCCGCUCCUUCACAAUAAGGGUCCUGGAUAACUUCGGACAGGAAGUCAUCACUGUUACACGACCUCUCAAGUGCAUGUCCUGCUUCUUCCCCUGCUGCCUGCAAGAGCUUGAGGUACAGGCCCCCCCAGGGAACACAGUGGGUUUUGUGAUCCAACAGUGGCAUCCCUUCUCCCCCAAAUUCAUCAUCGAGAACGAACACAGAGAACAAGUUCUGAGACUGCAUGGACCUUUCUGUGGUUGGAGCUGCCUGCCAGACGUUGACUUUGAGAUUGUGACUAUGGAUGAAGUUGACAAGAUAGGGAAGAUCAGCAAGCAAUGGACCGGCCUCCUCCGCGAGGCCUUCACGGACGCAGAUAACUUUGGGAUCCAGUUCCCCAUGGAUCUGGAUGUGAAGAUGAAGGCGGUUAUGAUUGGAGCCUGUUUCCUCAUUGAUUUCAUGUUCUUUGAAAAGGGGGACUAAAGUUGUUAUGAGUUCUCUGCUGCUGCUGCUAGCUGGUCAGGCAGUCAGUCAGACAGACCAUGUCAUCCUGUUGGAACUCUCUGGCAGGGAACAGUGGCUGCAUUUAUUCACAAAAAAACAAGAGUUUUGUUGCAUAAACGUUUAGUUAAACAUUUAAACAUUUCAUCUAAACAUUUCAUCUAAACAAAUUCGAUAGGUCCCUUUGGUUUCUGUUUUCUGUUUUUGUGAACGACUUCUGUGAGGCCAAAUCCUAUUUUCCCUGACAACCUGGCCAAAGGACAGAAAAUACACAGAACUACAUGAAUACAGUAGAAAAAAUAAAAAAAUAAACACAAUAAACAAGGAUUAGACAAAGAAACAUUAAAUUACACUAAAUACAAGACAGAUACAGUGCAGUCUAUAAGCAUUUGGACAAUCCCACAGGUUUUGUUGAUUUGGUUCUGCAUUCCUGGUCUUUGUGUCAAUGUACAGACAGCCACACAUGUGCCUGUUUGCAUAAUUAUUGCAAAAGAGAACUGUGGAUGUCUUGACUCCAUUUGGAGUUGGUUGUUGGUGUCUGACAGCAUGUAGACCAAUGAAAUGUCAAUGAAAUUCACUGACAAUUCAACUGUAACUGGCUCACCUGUCUUCACUGACAAUUCAACUGUAACUGGCUCACCUGUCUUCACUGACAAUUCAACUGUAACUGGCUCACCUGUCUUCACUGACAAUUCAACUGUAACUGGCUCACCUGUCUUCACUGUCAAUUCAACUGUAACUGGCUCACUUGUCUUCACUGAGAAUUCAACUGUAACUGGCUCACUUGUCUUCACUGAGAAUUCAACUGUAUCUGGCUCACUUGUCUUCACUGACAAUUCAACUGUAACUGGCUCACCUGUCUUCACUGACAAUUCAACUGUAAUUGGCUCACUUGUCUUCACUGACAAUUCAACUGUAACUGGCUCACCUGUCUUCACUGACAAUUCAACUGUAUCUGGCUCACUUGUCUUCACUGACAAUUGAACUGUAACUGGCUCACUUGUCUUCACUGACAAUUCAACUGUAACUGACUCACCUGUCUUCACUGACAGCAGAACAAUGACACUAAAGAGUCCAAAAAGGUACUCAAAUGCUCAAGUGGAUCAAUACACGUAAAUCCCAAAUUUGUUUAACUUGCUGAAGACAGGACUGACAGCAAGAAGAAACUACCAGGGACUGAAAGAGCAUGGACAGGGAAGAUAAAGCCCUGGAAGAGCAUGAACAGGGAAAAUAAAGCCCUGGAAGAGCAUGAACAGGGAAAAUAAAGCCCUGGAAGAGCAUGAACAGGGAAAAUAAAGCCCUGGAAGAGCAUGGUCAGGGAAGAUAACGCCCUGGUAGAGCAUGGACAGCAAAGAUAAAGCUCUGGAAGAGCAUUUACAGGGAAGAUAAGUGAUGACUGGUGAUUUCUGCAAGACUUCCAGUAGUCAUCGACUGCAAAGAAUUUGCAACCAAUUUCUAAAUAUAAUGACUUUAUUUAGAAUUAGGUACAAAUGUAUAAAAAGGCUUGUAAUUCCUACAUGGUUCACAAUUUAUGGAUUUAAAUGACCUUAAAUGAAAGCUAACAGUUUGCACUUUAACCUCUUAGUCCUUCAAAUCCAAUGUCUUAGAGUGCUGACUCAAAACAAAAACACCUGAGUCACCAUACAAAUACCUAUGGACUGCACUGUAUAUAGGUAUAUCUGCCAUGGAAAUAGUGGAAAUAUAUUUCUAUCAUAGCUGCCAGCACUAGUUAGAGUUUGUCUGGUUGGUACACAUUGCAGCUAAAUAAGGCAUGCCAGGUAAAGUGUGUGUGUGUACUUUAUGUGUAUGGGUGUUUAUACAGAGUGUACUUUGUGGUUGUAUUGCUUAAAAUCCUUAGUCUCAUGAAAGGGUUUAGUAGUUUCAUCCCUUUACCACAGAUUUAUAAAAAUAGAAUGGACAUUAUCUUUAUCCAAACCAAAAUGUGGAAGAUAAACAAGAGGUUAUGCAGGAGAAGUGAUGCUAUUUAUGGCAAAAUAAGCCAUCUACCAAAAACAUAAACAUGUUCUAUUUUUGUAAAAUCAGAUGUUACACCUUCUUUUGUCAACAAUACAUUCAUCUGCAUUAUAUGCUAAUGUGGUUUUGCUAGAGAUUGCUUUUUUAUGUUCUGUUUUUAGACUUUAUAGAUUGUUUUAUUGAUGUAUUUAUAGAUGUAUUUAUUUGUUAAUGUAGCCUAAUAUUGUUGUACCUUAUUUAGACAUGUUCAAUGAUCUUGCAAUUCAAAAAGUGGGGAAGUUUACAUUAUACAAAAUGCACUAAUGUUGAGUUUCGAUAGGUAUCGUGUUGGUGAAAAACGUUCAGUGGCCAUUAUGUUGUAGUACUGGGCCUCCUCACCAGAGGGCAGUAUCUGUCCACUUGAGGAGAAAUUGAAAUUUGCCAGUCCAAUAAGAUCCUAUGGACACAGCUACCAAUAUGUGUCUCUUUCAUCAUCACGUUAUACGUACACAUAACAUGUGCACAUUGAUAGUACUGGAUGUUGGUAUCAUUCACUCAGGUUGAGUGAGGCAUGCCCUGACACACUGAGGUUAGCUAGCCAUUGUCUGCUGUUCUGCAGUACAUACACUGAAUGUAUAGAGGCAUUGUUCUCUCAGCUAUUAAUAAAUGUGAAAAUGUUUUCAAAUAUAUUUUCCUCCAAAUAGGUCAUGUUUUGUGCAUGUUGACUCCUACUGUGAAACUGGAUCAGUGAGUAAUAAUAAACGGAGACUUCUUCUUCCCGAUGAU